AUGGAAGCACAGGACCAAUUCGAGAUAUUUAAGACAGCCAAAGGAGAUUGCAUUUCAAGAUUCCGACAGGCUGGAUAUGCAUUGGACACACUAAAGGAGGAUGAAAUAAUUACAAAGGAGGACUUUCAGAAAGCUAUUGAAAGGAAGGACUGUGUUAGCAAGGAAUUCUUAAAAGGUGAGUUAAAAAAAGUAUACAAAAGUAGGAUGUCAAAUGAAAAUCUAAGGAAGUUCUUAAAAAUGGGAGAUUUGAACUUUGCAGAAGGUCAAAUGACUGAUGCAUUGAGAAUAAUACCGACGGAUGAGGAUGGCAGCAUUUUAGUUGAUACUUUUAUUGAAUUUCUUUAUAAAUAA